AUGGCGACGCCUAAGGCGUUCAGGAAGGCGUCGAUCGGCAGGAAAGCGUGGCGGCUGCUGCGCCUGGCGGUGCUCUGGGCGCGGAAGGGGAGCGCGGCGCACAGCCUCCGCCUGCUCAAGACCCUGCGCCACGGGGGGCGCAAGGACCAGCUCCGGUACGGCGAGCGCGAGUUCUCCAUCGACGAGACGCCCGCGUUCCGGUUCCGCACCCCCUCCGCGCGCGUGCUCCGCUUCAUCCCCUGCAUCGCCCCCGCCUUCCCGGAGACCCCCUGCGUCUACGGCGAGGACCGCUACUUCUUCUGCGACGACGCCCGCGAGAGGGACGGCGACGAGGGCUGCGCCGGGGACUACUACGAGGAUGGUGAGCCGAGCGAGUGCGGCGUCGAGGAUGAGCAGCUGCUCGAGCGGGCAAUGAUGGAGGCCAGCUGCGGGAAUGUGGAGGCGGCGGAGGGCGCCGAGGACGCCGGGGUGGACGUGAAGGCGGACGAGUUCAUCGCCAAGUUCUACGCGCAGAUGAAGCUGCAGCGACAGAUCUCCUGGCUGCAGUACAACGAGAUGAUGCACAGGAGUGUCUGCUAGAUAGUGCGCGCUUAGUUAUAUUUCUGUGAACAUAUAUACUCAGUUUUGGUUCAGCUUCAGCAAUACAUACAUAGUUUAUACUUCC